CGCGCUGCUCCAUGGGUAACCUGGGACUGGUCGCCACAGCAACAGCGGCCGCCAACCGACCGACCGUCCGUCCGCCACUCCCCACCGCCACUCCCCACCACCACGACAGCAGCAGCGACGGCAACGACCCCAACGACCCCACCGACACCAUGGCGAAGGUGUUGGGGAAGAAACCCGUGAAGAAUCUGUGGGAUGAAAUCUGCGCAGAAUUUGAAUCAGCGAGUGCACCUUUUGUGGUUGGUUCAGGAGGUGAUCAAGAAUCUGUGGCUACUGAGCUGUCUCAAUACGAUGCCAGCAAACAUUCCCCAGUGUUUUAUGGGCACAUGGUAGCAAAAAUUCCUGUGGAUACGUCAGUUAUAGACGACUUCAAACCAGAGCAUUCCCAUCCAGCAUUUUUAGGUCAUGCAGUUGUUCAUAAAUUCAUUCGCCCACUAAGCCCACCAACUUCUUCAACUAUUCCAUUACCAGAUCCAAAGACAUGUUCCCCAAUAGAGUAUUUGGAACAUUAUAUCUUUCCAGUACUUCUACCAGGAAUGUUUGAACUCCUUAAAGCAGCUAAAGCAGAGAAAUGUUUUGAGAGGAAAUGGACCAAAUUUAAUGCGUGCGACUUCUUGACAGAAUGGUUGUUCAACCGAAAUCCAAAGAGGUCAGAUGAGGAGUUUACCCAAUUUUUUGAGAUUCCCUUUGUUAAGAGUUGGCUUGUCAUUUACCCUAGAGCGCCAAUUGCUCUGUCUCUCUUAUUAUCAGAUGAGGAAGCAGCCAUCAUAAUUCAGUCUUUCUGGAGAGGAUACCAGGUCCGCUGUAUGCCAGAGGUACAUGAACUUCGGGAGUGGCAGAAAGAGCUGAGAGAAGAAAAAGAGGGUUACAGCAAAAAAAUCUCUGAGUUUUGGACAAAACAAGCUUGUAAAGUGGGAGUGGACAUGGAAACAGAUACACCUGAAGAAUUCACAGGUGUCUUCCUGGGUAACCUGGAGGAGCGGAUGGAAUCUGAAAAAGAAAUGAAAGCAGAUGACAAACUAAGCCUGAAGUUAGAUUUUUGUCUGCAAAUUUGAGUCUUGGAGCUGCCACCUGAAUACAAUCGACGGGUUUCAGAUUUCACACGAGAGGGACUGUGUGCGCCAUUUGGAGAUGGUUCGACGCCUCCGAAUAGCACGACCGGGGAUUGAGUAAUGUAAAGGGGUUCUCGUUUGGGUGUUUUUUUUUUGCUUAACGACGUUCUUCAGUCGUGCAAAGGCGAGUUACCAAUGUCAGCACAAACCUCUGUGUGAUUUAAAAACAAUACCAACAGCUAACGUGUCCGUCCAGUCUUUUACAUAUAUAUAUAUGUGUUAACUAUGUAUGUUAACUAAAUCCCCUGCAAUAUAUAUACAUAUAUACACUAUAUAUGUUAACUAAAUC